CAACGUCAUCGGUUCGACCUGCCAAUUGUCAUGCGGGCGGAUCUGAUGCCACGGCGGAAACUCAAUCAACAGUCGCAACGCCAUGCCGACCGGCCAUUCCGGCUCCCUUGAUUGCCUCCAGAUCAGGACACGUAGGGUGCCACGGCCUUUGUCAAGUCUGUGAAAUUAUCGAAACUCUUGUUAUUUCCACCGGGUACUUGUGUUCUAAGACAGUCAACCUCGACAGCCACCUCAAAGCCGAAAGAAAGCGCGUCAUUGAAAAAAACCUAACCAUGGCCGACGACCCCCAGACGCCAGCCAGCAAACAACGCCCUUCCAAGAUGGCAGCCUCGACUACCUCGCCCCCCUCCUCCUCAUCACCAUCCUCCUCCUCCUCCGCCGCCCAGCAGCGCAACCCGCCGCACCUCCCGACCCCCGUCGAGACCGCCGUGCUGGCGCUGUACCCGGCGCUCCUCGUCUUCGGCUCCGUCUUCGCGCUCGUGUCGCCGCAGGUGCGGGCGGCCGCAUACGACGCGGGCGCGCAGUCGCUGCGCGCCGCCGACGCCCCGUCGUACUUUGCGCGCAAGGACAACCUCGUCAACGUGCUCUUCGUCAAGCGCGGCUGGGCCUGGGUGUCGGCCGCCUUUGCCGCCUUUGUGCUGACGCACCCCCACCACACCAAAAACACGACAACCGGCAGAGGAGGGGGGCAACAAGGCGGCAGCAGCAGCAGGCGCCUUCGCGCCGUACUGAGGUGGGCCCUCGUCACAGGCUGGUGGGUGUUGGUGACGCAGUGGUGCUUCGGCCCGCCGCUGAUCGACCGCGGGUUCAGGUACACGGGCGGAAAGUGCGAGGAGGCCGAGCAAAAGGUGCGCGGCGCCGACAACUACGCCGCGUCGCCCGUCGACAUCUUCAGCGCUGCCGCAUGCCGCACCGCGGGCGGGCGCUGGCGUGGCGGCCACGACAUCAGCGGCCACGUGUUCCUGCUCGUCCUCGGCAGCUUCUUCCUGCUGCAGGAGGCCGGCUGGGUCGCCGUGCGCGCGUGGGAGGGGGCUAGCGGCGGCGGCGGGAGGAGGGAUUCGCGUGCCGUCGUCAUGCCUGACGGGGCCGUCAAGGGCGUCGACGUGGAGGCGGAUGGGAGGAGGGAGGAUCCUUCUGAGCUGGGGUUUGGUGGCAGGUUCGUGGCUGGAGUUGUCGGGUUGUCCAUGUGGAUGCUCCUUAUGACGGCCAUCUACUUUCACACCUGGUUUGAGAAGCUGACGGGCCUCCUGGUGGCGCUGAUCGGCCUCUAUGGUGUCUACAUUCUCCCAAGAUCGGUUCCUGCACUGCGCAAGGUGAUUGGGCUACCAGGGAUAUAGUCGAGCUCGCUCGGGCUGGGCUGGGCUGGGGCGUACGGCAUAGAGGAUAGAGGUUAUGGUUUCUUAACAACUGUUAAUAGUAAUCGAUGCGUUGCCUGUCCAAGCUUCUUUUGCUUUGCAGCAGGGACUUGUAACAUAAACUACAUCAAAUACAGUAGCUCGCCGUUCGGAUGGCCUGGUUUUCCAUUUCUCCUGCCUGUUUCCGUAGCCCGUUCUGGAGACAGCCCA